AUGUCAGAAGAAGUAAAAGAUCCUGGGGAACGCAGCAGUACUAAAGUCAGAAAGCAACGCCCGGAAAUCCAGAUUUAUAGGCCCCCAGGUAAUAUAUACAUUCACGUGUUUUUCAUAUAUCUUUUUCGAAUUUCAGGAGCAUUAAGAAAGGGUGAUAGUCAAACUUCACUUCGUUCCGAGAGUGAUACCCAAAAAGCUCGCAAUGGUUAAUCAAUUACAAACUUUUUGCCGAAUAUCUAAUUAAACUUUUGAAGGAACGUCGUCGGAGAGAUUGAAUGACAGAAGGCGCAGAAGCAAUGAUACAGAAAGUGUCUCUUCACGUGAGGAUCAGAAUUUUUGUUCUAAGUUGUGACUUCAUUUUUAGAACGUGAUUCUGGCAAUACAACUCCUGACGCACUAGCAUUGAACGAAGAAAGGUCGUGGAAUAUUAGAAAAAAUAACAGAAACGAGAACUAUGAUGACCGCAGGUUAUUCGAUCAUUUUGAAAGUUGAGCACUUCUAUUUUAUAGAACUUUUUUGAGCGAUCGGCGGCCACCUCGGGAAAAUCGAGAUAGACACAAAGUACGUUUAAAAAAAGUUCGAAAAAUUAGUUUUUUUUAGGACGCCCCAAACACUUCGCGAUCAUCAUAUGUAAGUUUCUUCCCUAUUUUACACUGUUUUGAAAACAAUGUGUUCAACAAUUCAAACCUCUUAGAAUUCAACUCAAUCCCUGUAUGACACUGGUCGUCCUGGUGGCUAUCUGAACUCCAAGCCACAACCGAAACCUUUCGAAAGAGCUGUAAGUGUAUUUAUGACUGAUCUCACCAUUUAACCGACAUUUCCAGAGCAAUAACUUUGCCGCAAGGUCUUCAAUACGUUCUGAGAACGCGAUAACAAAGCGAAGGUCAAGCGGUGGACGACGUCGUAACGAUUCGAUUAAUAGCACGCAGAGCGAAAUGCCUUCUCAGGCCAAAGUUCGAUUCGAGUGGUUCUCAGUAAUUCUCAUCAGCAUUGCAGUCGGAAUUGAACGUCGACACGAACCUGGAAACCCAAAGUCAAUGUGGCGCCUCGUUCCCUCAGUUCUCAGGACUCUCUUACCAACAACUGUGCGACUCCUUACAGUCUUUCAGUUCUAUGGACUGGAGCAAGACGGUGAAGAGUCACGGGAAAAAUGAACGAAUUCGAAAUUUGAGAUGGAAGAAGAGGGUUUCGAGCAGAGCAGACAAGAAGAACUCGAAGAGGAGCAGAGGCGACAAGACGCAGAGAAAGAAAGGUCUCUAUGAUACUUGAAUUGAUUAAAAGGAAAUUUAACAAAUCAUAAAACAAUUUUUCAUUGCACACAUAUUUUUUUAAAUUGUACCCUAUAUACGUUGAUUGAAGAAACAACGAAAUGGCCCCCAACGAGAAUUCGCACAGAAGGAACGGGAGACCCCGAAGACAGCGGAACGGUUUCAUUUUCCAUUGUUGCUGCAAGAAAAAGUGUCUGUCAGAUAGCGACCGCUCUUCUUCAUUCGGUGGGAGCAUAGCCGAAGAAGCCGGAGAAGAAUAUUCGUAUGAAGAGCCUCGAAGUGGAGAAAGAACUCCGACUUUUCAGCGCAGUGAGCUCCUCAAAAGGAACUAGAAACCAAUCGUUUUCAUUUUUCCAGGCUACGGUCCUACUUUUUCGAAGGAGAGUCCCAAGUCUCGAUAUGGCGGGCCCAAGAACUACUACGAUAAUGAAUAUGGUAUUAAAUAUUAAGAGUUUUUUUAAUGGUUAUCUUCGACUUUUCUUUCAUUUGGCUUUUCAUUCAUUUUUUAGAUAACUGUGAUAUUCAUUCAAAAUUUAUUUUUAAAAGACGGAUGAAAAAAGAAAGGAAAUUUUGUAGUUUUAAUAAUGAAAUAGUUUAUAUUUCAAUUUGAACUGCGGAAGUCAGAUGUCGAAGACUUCAAAUUUCUAAUCGAAUUUUUUCAUCUUUCCGAGAUAUUCCUGAAUGAAGAUUGACUUAAAGCGCGAACUCGAGAAGAAAGAGACGCUGGAUGGCAAAAGAGCGAAAAGAAGAAGGCGUCGCAGCGAAGCCGAUAUCGCGGCGAGCACGACGAUCGCGACGACGAAAUCGCGUCCUAUUCACAGUCUUCCGAUCGCCGCUUCGACUCUGGAAGACUUGCCGGCCGCGUUUCUUUCGUCGGCGCCAGCGAGCAGCGCCAAAUUCUGCGUCCGCAACGAGGUUUCUUCCAGUUACACUUGGACGAUUCUGAGUUAUAAGAAAAACCUUCAUUAAUUAGUUUGUUCUAAGUUCUCAAAUUUAUUGAGUGAAAGAAUUGAAAAUGUAGCAGUGAAUUCAAAAUCAAAUACUUGAAUGUUUAUCGCGAAAGUUUGUUUCUAAGCUUCCCGUUUAUUAUUGAAACAAAUUCGAUCAGUGGAGUCUAGUUAGAUAACUCAUUGGAGAGUCGGAAAGUCUACCUUAGUUUUUUUUUUUUGACAAAACUUGUUUCUCGGUUUUAAUAGGUAGACCAUAACUCAUAGAUUUUGCGUUUUCAGAUGCGAAGAACAUACCGCCCGGCUCGACGCGCGAUUCCGUCCCAUCAAAAGAAAGGUGAAGCCUUGCUUCCUUUGCAAUAAUUGUCCCCCAUCUACUCACCUACCGAUCUUGCACCACAUACCUAUACUUGUACCUUUUACUAAUAACUUAAUUUUGCUGUACUAUCUUCCUGUUAACAAUAACCUAUGUUCGUCUAAUAAUGUACGUUGCUAACUUUUUUUUUGUUCAUAAUAAACUCGGGCGAUUGUACUGAUUGACAAUUCUGGUUUCAGCCUAUCUUCGAAUGAAACGAAACGCGGCUUGACAAUUGAUGAUAUUGCAAAAAAGGAAGGCAUACAAGUACAGAAGGUUUACAAAUGCUUUUUUUGUGGGGGACCAGGUGCUUAACAAAAUAAAAGGAGUUAAAAAUUCGCUUUCAAAUAACCCCAUUGUUUCUUUGUGAUUUUUCACUAGUUUCUAACCCCAGUUCUAAAUUCAAAUAAAAAUUUUCGAACAAAAAAAUAUGAGCUCUUUUUCUGUGUGUACCUGUCCUAAACCCCGUUCAAUACCGAACGUAAAUAGCGUUUCAUUUACAGUUGAAAAAGAAGGAAAAUUGAAAAACUCGAAUAGAACGUUGACCAAAUUGACGCAAAAAUAUUUGUAGACAUGAUUGGAUAAAUCUUAUAAAAUAAAUUAAUAAUUAUAUAUUUUUUUACUGGGAGGGUUCAAUAAUUAAAAUUAGCAACAAUUCAUUUAAUAAAUUUUUCAGCUCCUUUUUAUUUGAUAGGUAAACUUUUUAUUUGAUAACGAUUUUUCGUUAAAAUGUAAAUGAAGUAUCUCUCGUAUAUCAUCUGGAGUUUUGAUUGACACACGCAUCUUUUUCUGGGAACCCAUGUAAAAUCAGACCGUCUUUUCUCUGUCAGAAGUUAACAAUAGAAUGUUCAGCUGAACGACGAAAUUGCGUCAUUAGUGACGCAAGUUUCUCGAAAUCGGAACAGCGAGGCCGCCAAAAAACUCAUCGAACUGAGGUUUGUUAGCCCGUUGAGAACAGCUUUUUCGAAGUUGAUCAAAUAUAAAAAAACAAACUUAUAAGGGAGAAUCAACAUCAGCGAUACGCAAAAGCAAGUUCAUUUUAUCAUUUUCAAAAACUCAGAUAAUGAGGAAAAAGCCUAGUCGAAGUGGUCCUUUUAGUGGAGAACUCUCGCGGACCUACAUGGAGUUUCUGACGCGCGACAUUGUCUUCACCUUUUCAAAUCGCGUCGAGCUGCACAUUUGGCGGCAGGCCUUCCACAAAAUCAUUGAGACCUUCCGUUCUUGUGCAAACUCGGCCAAAAGCGACGCCAAAAUCUUCCGCGCCUACCUUUCGCGAUUUCUACUUCAAGUUUGAUUAUCGAGAGAAAAGAAAUGCUGAAAAAGUUUUCUUGCAGGCGAUCGAGUUCUAUUCCAACGUUUUGUUGCCUGAAUAUGAGAGGGCUUUUGAGAUUUCCUUGUCCGAGGCUUUGAUUUGGCCGAACGGAAGUCCGCAAAGCCUAGAUCGGCUCAUUCCAACUCCACUGCCUAUUGAUGCAUUCAACUCUUCAACUCAGAGGGUUUCGUCCUGUUUUUUUUUUCGAGAAUCUUGAUUUGGCCAGUUUGAGACUGGCAAGUCUCGGAUACAGUAAACUCAACUUUAUAUUUAAUAGGCCAAUAAUUGAAUGUAUACGGUAUCUGUAAAGUAUCGAGAUUAUCAUGUGCUCAAACAAGGGUUUGUCGUAGUUCAAUAGAAUGAAAAUAGGAAGUUAAGGAGGAAUUUUGGGAUACUUAAUUCAGCAGGGAAUUAAAAAUAAAGCUUUCAAGUCAGACUACAAGAAAAUUGAGCCAUUUUCCAAAUUUAGGUGAAAAGUUUUACAUUUUCUUCCAGAAUUCGACUCAAAUGCGUUAAUUUUUUUCAGACAGCGUUAAAAUCCUUGGCGCGAAAUCUGAUUUCCCUGGGAGACCUCUACCGCUACCAGACGUUGAACAAUGGUUCUGAGGACUAUUCUCUUCCCAGAAGGUCAGGCUCCUUCUUCGCUGCCCGUAUAACCGCUUUUCAGUUUCUACUUACAAGCUUCGCAACUGUGGGCCGCUUCUGGCCAUUGCUACAAUCAGUUGGGCGUUGUCGCCUUCUACUCUGUACGUUUUCCGUCCCUUUUCUGUGAUUGUUCUUUUCCGUUCCAUCUUUCUGAUUGGUUAGAUCGUGUUUGAUUUUCUGAUCGCUUUGAAUGGAGCAAUUUUCGUAUAGAUUUCGGUUCUGUGCUUUGGCCUAAUGGUUUUUGCACAGGCAGUAGAAAUAACAGCUGAUUCCAAUCAAAGUUUUUGAUAAACUUAAAAAAGCCACAGACUUCUUUAAGUACUUUUAAAAAUGCUAGUUAUUUUCAAACAUUCAAUCGGCGCGCAGAACGUCUCCUAAGACAGAAGUGUGCGGUUGAAGAAUCUCCAGAAUUCUCAGCUUAUUUUUUCAAGAUAUUUUUUGAAGGAAAAAGAACGGAAAAAGAAAGAAUAAUUACGAUUGAGAGCUUAUCGCUUCCGAUUGGGUCCUGUUGUGGAUAAUUAUUCUGACUUUUUACAUGUUUUUAUUUUUUAUUUCAUCUUAUUUCUUAUGUGGAUUAGUAUCAAAAAAAUUUCAAUUUUUUUGAAUAAACUAUCAUCUAAAAAUCAAAAUAGAAAUCAAAGAAAUCUCAAAAGAAUUAAUAGGUAGGAUUCUCAGUCAAGGGUUGAAAUCGCUCCGUACAAAACCGAAAAAGGAAAAGUUUGAUGGUUGAAAUUGAACCUCAGCUCUACUUGAUCGCUUGUAGAUGCUGUACCGGAGCAGACAUCGGGCGCGGCAAACGCCUCUCGAUGUUCUUUCGCGACAGCGACAGGUUGCCUUCUUUUGCACUCCAUGGCACCUUCUUGUUCCUAUCCUCUUUCUUGGAAAACGCUUCUUUUUAAAUAUCAAACCUGAAGUCCUGAUAACAGAUUCUCUUCAGUGAACCACUGCAAUUUUCUCAUCGAAGAAGGAUUUUUGCGUAUAGUGCGCCUUUUAAAUGAGAUUUAUAUCACUAGGUGCAGUUUUUGACGCUGGUUUUAAAUCUUUGCUCUGAAUUCGUUGAUAAUAUUUUUGAGAAAUGUGAAGAAAUAAGUAGGUUUCAAUCUCAUGGGCGGGUUCUACUUAUCGUUCAAAAAUGAGCUGAUUCGGUGAGAUGAAUUGAGCGCUUUUAUUAUUAUUUUUUUCCAAAUAUGUCUUUUCAGCACAGUUUUCGAAAUCAGCGUACAAAAUUACAUCCUGAAAUCUCAUUUUUUAGUCGAACUCUAUUCCGAGUCCAUUCUUCACUUAGAUGUCAGACUAACACAGUAUUCCGCCGGGUUCUGGGUGUUUAACGGUUUUACUAAAACUUUGUUCGGGGCGAAUUUUACCUUUGUGCUUUGAAUUGGGAACGUAGGACAUUCACGCUUCAGAUUCCUCGAAACAAAACAAAAAGUCCACUAGUCCAUUUUAUUUCAUUUAUCUGGGUAUCUAUUCCAGAAAAUUGAAUUUGAAGUAUCAAAUAUUUUCUAAGGUGCACGUAUAAUACUUUUCUUUCAUCUACUUCUCGAGUUUUGCGGAAAAUUUCGCUUCGCUCGAUCCUACGUUCCAAACUGUUUUCCCGCUUUCUCGUUAUGUUUCCUUUGAAUGGGGCAAAAAGCUUGUUUUGGUUCUGCUAACUGUUUUUCGCACUUUUCAAAGUAUGUAAACCUUUACUUUCUUCGUCGACUUUUCAAAUAUUUGGAUCGAAAGCUUGCGUUCCCUUUGCAACUCCUCAAAGACUUCGAAAACGGUGAACGACGACCGUCGGUUUGCAGGAGAGGGUGCUCGACGAAGUCUUCUUUCUGGUUCGGGCUCUCGCCGCUGCUCAUCCCUACGAGGCGGCUCGCGAACGUCUGGCUUUUCGUCUGGCUGCCAUGAGAAAAAAAGUUUAUUCCCUUUUGAAGAAACAAAAAACAACUGCUCUUCGUCAGGUCGAGCGAUACGAGCCGUUGAUAAGUUCUGAAUGCGGAAAGGUGGAAGAAGACGUCAUUGCUUUGACUCACCGGCCUCGUGAAGUCUCAGAAAGCCUCAGUCAUCUCCAAAGAAUCUCCUUUCAGAUUUGGAUAUCCAAAACGUCAGCUAAAUUGAAAAACGAGACCAAAGAAGAAAAUGAUGAAAUUUUCUCAUAUUUUCGCGGUCAACAGCCAUCCAAGGUGCAACUCAGGGAGCUGGAAGUAUAUUUUGGAGUUUCAGCUUCAUCGUCGCACUGUUUCUUACAUAAUCGACACUGUCGGGAUGUUACUACUGAAAAUUGGAAUGGAGAAUUUCGCAAGGUGAGUCUGGAGAAUGUUUAUUCUGAAAAUUUCUGAAAAACGCAGAGUUUCGGAACGGGCAUUCGCCCAGCUGGCUGCCUCUUUGGAGCAGAGAGAUUCGCCUUUUUCAUCCAUGCAACUCGUUCAGAUUUCCCUGUUGUUCAUCCACGUCGCCCACGUCAGUGCAAUCAAAAGUAUGAUCCAUUUUAAAAAUUAAAAGUUUCUGGCGCGGAUUUUUUAAGUCAGAUUUAUAGAGGAAUUAGGGAAAGUUUUACAAAGUAUAUAAAAUUUAAUACUAUGCUAGGCAGAUAAACUAGUCAAAAUUUUUUGAAAAAAAAAGCUCUCAGCUUUAAACGAAUAAUUGCGUAACGAAGUGAAUAAAAUUAGAGGAGAAGGAGUCUAAAAAUAUUCAACGCAUCGCCGUUUUGCGUCGCAAAAUGAAGAGUUAGAGGGGACAAAUUGUCACAAUCUACCAAAUUCACUUUGAAUUUCAAAGUCAUUUUUGAGAAAAUAUUCCAAUAUUGUUUGUUCUAUGAAAUUUUUAUGUCCAAAAAAAGUAUUGGUCAUCCUACAAACUAGUUUAUCUUUUUAACUUUUUUAAAGACUAACUUAAUUUAAAUUUUUCAAUUUUUUAUCUCAAAUAAAAAAAGCUAAUCAAGCUUUACUUGAAUCAUGAUGGACAAUUCUUUCGAUAUGACGCUUUUUCCAUUUCAUAUCAAUUUUGAAGCGUCAUAUACAAACUUCAUCUGAAACGACGUUCAACUUAAAGGUCUGGAGUCCGGCUCGGUCCCGCAGCUGACGCCUCUUCGCGCUGUCUUUUCUCUUCUCAGCACAUUUUUGCGAGUUCUUCUGGAUGAGAAGGACGAAAUCAUUGGAUAUUUCUCUGGAGAAGGCGAUAUCCAGAGAACCGUGCUCCGAGUUCUUCCGGCUCUGAACUUUCUUUGUGACUGGUUUCUGUCGGAGGAGUUCCAGACGACUUAUGGCAACACGAGCUCCGUGGAGGCUCUUCCUAACAAAAUCCUACAGACGGACGUCUGGCAACUUCUCGAUUCUGUCGAAUGCUUCGAGCCAAUUGCUAUGCCUUCUACGGAAAUAGGUUACUCCGUUUUUGAUGUAUUUUUAAACGACCUUCUCUCCUUCAGGCGUUGAUUUUGUAUUCCCUGAGCUUUUGAUUUGUUCUUCAUUUUUGCAUAUCGAAGCGAAAGGCUCAAGGUUCAGGGCGAACGCCGAAGAAUCUUCUUCGGUUUGCUCAUUAAUCUCUUCUUUAGCAGUUUCACUUACACUUUCAGAUUGGUUUCUCCUGCCGAAUAAGGUUGGAAAGGUUGCUGCAAGCGCGAUCGUUUCUGCUUGAGUCUGGAGUUUUGGUAAAAAGUUCCGAAGAGCUCGAUGUCGAUUCCAAAUCGAAGAAAAGACAAUCUAAAGUGCAGAGUUUGGAUGUGAGUUUUAUAGUUAAAAGAAUAGUGAAUCAAUAUUUCGUCUUCAACCUUCUUAAUUUGAUGCUUUUUACAGAGCAGUGAACCUUUGACCCGAGAGGAGAUCCUCGACAAAGAAAGACGCAAAACAGACGUGGUACUUGUCGUUCAACCAGAGAACAUCGUACCCGACACGAACACUUUGAUUGACCAUCUAGAAGUUUUCAAGAGGAUCCUCGACUCGAAAGAAUACCAUAUACUCGUUCCUACAAUUGGUACAAUCAGCUUUCAAAAGAUUAUAACGGGAUUUGAUUUUUUUUUUUUACAGUAAUCGGAGAGUUGAUUGGCCUGAGCCUAGGGCGUUACUUGGACAUGAAGGAAGACGUGCGUCUAAACUCGAAGGCGGCAGUGACAUGGCUCCGAGAGCAAGUGCAGCUCAAGAACCCCCUCAUGAGCACCAUCACAACUCAAGGCUCGAAGAUGGCGUUGAGCAUGGCCUCCGAAGAAACAGAAGACGGUCCGCGCAAGGUUAGUUGGACUUCAGAAAAGGCGUAUGCCAAUAGGACGAAUACCUAUGAGGUAAUGUUUUGGAUUUCGUUUGACCUGAAGUAACGUUUUUCAGAGUUUUUGGUCUCAAACGAGCUACAAGCUUUUUUUUCAGAUCAACGACGAUUUGAUCAUCCAAUGCUGUACGGCGUUGGUAGGAAAGACGCCGGAAGCGGCAAUUGGAGCGGUCUCAGAGCUCCAGAACGACGGCGAUACUCGGCGGUUGUUUCGAAAUGUGGUGAUUCUGAGCGAAGACCGAGGUGUGACCAUCAAGGCCACAGCCCAGCAAAUACCUUGCCGAACUGUCCCAUCUUUCAUCAAAUGGGCUCGGCUGUGA